AUGUUACCAACCCCACCGCAGUCGCCUCCCCCAAUCAUCCCGGCCGGAGAAAUAGUAUCUACUAUGAAGAUUGUAAUUUCCAACAUCACCUUUGUCAUUGAUGAGAUAGUCGCCGAGAUCUCACCUGACAGGGCAUGUUUUAACAAUGUUGUCAAGCCAUACGUGACAGCUCACAACUCUCAUCAAGGCGAGAUUGGUGUAAUCUUGAUGCUCCAAUAUGCUGCCCCAGAGGCCGAAACUCAAAGUAUUGUUUCUGAAGCUACACGGCUCUGGUCUGAGGCACAGUCUUCCUGGACAUCACGACUUGAUUACUUUCAGCUUCUCCAUGCCGUCAGGAACCGCAAUGAGAAGCUGGAUCCCGAGUCACAAUUCCUGUUGAAUGAGCUACUCCUUGAUUGCCAAGAAUGUGGGCUUGGUCAGAUGCCGCCAGACAAAAUUCAGCAGCACCAGAGAAUUAGCGAGGAAAUAGAAGGGCUCUCAACGGAUUAUAGGCGGAACAUGGCCCAGAACUCGAAUGGUGCGUGGUUUACAGAGGCCGAGUUAGAUGGCGUCCCAUCUGAUGAUAUUUCUCGCUGGCCUCUUGAGAGCCAUGACCCAAACAUCGGACUACGGUUUGUUCCAUUCUCAAACGGAGGCACCUUAGCCCUAUUGACUCAUGCAGCGUCGCCAGACGUCCGCAAAAGAAUGCUCAUAGAGGAUCACCAAAAUCUCGAGCAAAACAAGAAACUGCUGCAACUCAUCGUGGCAAAGCGCCAAGCACAAGCAGCCAGACUUGGAUUUCAAUCCCAUGCCGCCUUCAGAGCGCAGAGGCGCUUGAUAAAAUCUCCGGAAGCUAUCAGAGACUUUCUAAACAGUCUUAAACAAGACUUAGUCGAUCUUGGCAAAGUUGAAGUCUAUCUGUUGCAUCGCUACAAGGAAUCUUCCAGCUCAGAGGAUGAAACAGAAGAGAACUAUACCCUUUCAGCUUGGGAUCAUGCUUAUUACAGUAGAGAACUGGAGGAAGAACGGAACAUAGAUCAUCAUCAGAUAUCUGAGUAUUUUCCAUUGGAUCAUACGGCCGAGGCCAUGCUGAAGGUGUUCGAAUCACUCUUUGGUCUUCAAUUCAGUGAGAUAUCCCAUGCUGACCUAGGAUCCAAACACUUUUGGCAUCCAAUGGUUCGGGCUUUCUCAGUUUGGGAAGAAGGCGAGGACAAGUUCGUUGGAUAUCUGUUCUUUGAUCUGCUGUGGCGAGAAAACAAGUAUCGUGGCAAUCAGAAUGUCACCCAUGAAUGUUCGAUUCAAGAACUGGGUCACGGGAUCCAUAACCUGUUGUCUAAGACAAAAUAUGCCCGCUUCCACGGCACCAACCUUCCUCCAGACUUUGGCGAGAUGCCGAGCAUGUUGUUAGAGAACUUAUGUUGGAGGCAAGAUAUUUUGGAACGGUUGAGCUACCACUAUACGGGUCUUAGCUUGAAGAAUGCCCAGGAUUGGCGCCAGCGCAAUAUAGGAGCUGAAACCCUUCCUGAACGUAAGAUCCCAAGUCAUCUUCUUGAGGGUCUUAUACGAAACAGAUCCCAGGAAGAGGCCGAGUCGUUGGCUCUCGGAGAUAGAUUUUACCGACUCCGUGAGGAGUGCGAAAGUUUGGACUUUGGUCAUCUCAAGCAAACGGGACACUGGUACGGCGCAAUUCCGCACUUUGUCGGCGGAUACGAUGUCGGGUAUUACUCAUAUCUCCUCUGCACUGCCUUUGCCCAAGAUAUUUACCAGUCCAUAUUCCAAGACGACCCUUGGGAUAGGUCGAAAUGGCAAAGGUUUAGGUUUGAGGUUUUGCAAUAUGGAGGAGGUCAACCAGACAUGAUGGGCUUGCUUCGAGACUUCUUGGGAAGGCCGCCUAGUGAAAAUGCUUUUAUCGAGACAUUGAAGAAGGCCAUAAUGGAGGACGAUACUUUGCACAAAGCUCUCUAA